CACUCCCGGGACAGCGCCGCGAUCCAGUCAGCGCUGCAGCCCCGGCGGCCAGUCCGGGCGCGCCUUGCGAGCAGCCAAUGGCAGCGGCGGCGCCGCUUGUUGUCGCCCCGUGAGGCGGCUGCGCCCUGGGCUCGGUGCCGCCGCCGCCGCCGCAGGAGGGACCCGGGAGGCCCCAGGCCCCGGCAGCCGCUCGCCUCUCGCCGGCCCCGCAGCCCCCGCGGAGGGCGGGGAGAUGCAGCCCCCGGGCGCUCAGCAGCCGCCGCUCUACGCGCCCAGCAGCGGGGACUUCACCUUCGUCUCCUCGGCGGACGCCGAAGAUCUUAGUGGUUCCAUAACAACUCCAGAUGUUAAGCUGAAUCUUGGAGGAGAAUUCAUCAAAGAAUCUACUGCAACUACAUUCCUAAGACAGAGAGGAUAUGGCUGGCUUCUGGAAGUGGAAGAUGAUGACCUAGAAGAUAACAAGCCACUCUUGGAAGAACUCGACAUUGAUCUGAAGGAUAUUUACUACAAAAUUCGAUGUGUGUUGAUGCCUAUGCCAUCUCUUGGGUUCAAUAGGCAGGUAGUGAGAGACAAUCCAGACUUUUGGGGUCCUCUGGCAGUUGUCCUCUUCUUCUCAAUGAUUUCAUUAUAUGGACAAUUUAAGGUUGUUUCUUGGAUCAUAACUAUUUGGAUAUUUGGAUCCUUGACAAUUUUUUUACUGGCCAGAGUUCUUGGAGGAGAAGUUGCUUAUGGCCAAGUGCUGGGUGUAAUAGGAUAUUCCCUACUUCCCCUCAUUGUCAUAGCACCUGUACUUUUGGUGGUUGGAUCAUUUGAAGUUGUUUCUACGCUAAUAAAACUGUUUGGAGUCUUCUGGGCUGCAUACAGUGCUGCAUCAUUACUAGUUGGCGAAGAAUUCAAGACCAAGAAACCCCUUCUAAUUUAUCCAAUCUUUUUAUUAUACAUUUAUUUUCUGUCCUUGUAUACUGGGGUGUGAUCUAGUGUAAGAUGUGGCCAGAAACCAUAUUUCAGUCCCUUGCAGACUGAUAAUGUGUAAGGUUAAGAAGGCUGGAGGUAACACAAGUGACUGUUUUGUAUGCAGUUGUUGAGAUGUUUUAAGAUGGAAGAACAUAUUUGUGUAUAUUAUUUAAUGAAGCAAUUGUAGCUAUAUAGAUUUGUAUCAAAGUUCUAGGUUUGUUUAAGACUCUUCAGAUUUUAAGGAACAAAAUAAAAGAUCCUUGUGUUUUAUAACAAAGCGUAGCAAAACUGCAACUCAAUACCUGUGCCAAAAGCACUGGGACCAGAUUACUAUAUUCAAGAAUUAAAAGUGAGAAGUUAACUGUUAACAAUAUCAAAGUGCAAUUUUUCCUUUAAGCUUAAACACAGCUGGCUUUUUUUGGCACAGCAGAUUCUGUAGAUAAUAUAUAUUUAUGAAACAGUCCUGAUUGUUCACAGAAUAGUCUGUAUAAUCAAGACAAAAAGAUACUACUUUUAAUUUAGUGCCUCAAUUACUGUGAUUUGGCUGUUGAGUUUUUAUAAAUUCCAAUUUGUUUCAAAACAUGUAUAUACUGUGUAUUUUGUAUCUAUGGCUUGUGUGUACCGUAAAUACUCCUUGGUUAAGGAUGUAUAUUGGGUUUUUAAAAAUUGAAGAUACAAGUAUUUGAAGUUUUCAUUUACUAUCUCUGACCAAAGGAGCAAGAUACUUACUGUGUGACAUAAUUAAUUAAAGUGCAUAUUUAGAGAAUCAAAUUAUUUUACUUAAAAGUAUAAAUUUACAGAGAAAUGGGUGAACAUUUCUCAACUCUGGCCUAAUGUUGAAGAAAAAAAAAAAGAUGAUCUAUCAAAUUUGUGUGAUCUUUAAACAAUGUUAUUUUAUGAUGACAAAAUAAAAAUAUUGCUUCCCUAA